AUGUCAGCAGACUACGAUUGUCGUCAAUACCAUCAAUUCCACAAUGACACCUGUUCUUUUAUAAAAACAGCGAAGGAUUGCCACUUUGAUGGUGGAUAUUAUCUUGUAUUUUUGUUUUGCAUUAUUGGGGAAAAAUUACAAGCUUUGGGUUUUAUCGUAUUGGGUGUUACAUUUUUGGCAUUUGGCAACGGUGCACCAGAUAUCUUUUCAGCAACAGCCGCCGUACUAAGUGCGAAGGAUGGAGAUGCUGGUUUAGCGUUUGGUGCUCUCUUCGGUGCUGGAGUUUUUGUUACCACUGUCGUGGCUGGAACAAUUGGAUUAUUGACACCUUUUCGGUCUAUUCAACGUCCUUUAUUACGUGAUAUAAUCUUUUUCUUGGUAGCUGCAUUUGCUGCCUAUUAUAUCAUGUAUGACGGAAGAAUUUACGUUUACGAAAGUUUAAGUUUUAUCGUUCUUUACAUUAUUUAUUUGAUUGUUCUUAUUGGCGGGUAUUUCAUUAAUCGUCGAAUAAAAGAACAAAGAGCUCUGCUACAAGCUUUACAAACGGAAGCUGCAGGAUCAGUAAAUCGAACAAAUUAUGGAUCAAUACACGUUGAUGGCGAAUCGAUAAAUGAUAACCAAGCCGGCAAUGGCAUUGUCGGUAAUUGUUUACCAGAUGAUAGUUAUGUUCAACCCGAUGUAACAUUUGCGUUGUCAUUGCGAAAAGCGUUUCUUCCAAAUGAGGAUACACCAUGGGCAGAACAAAAUUGCCUAAGUAAAGUUCUAACCGUAAUCAAGAUGCCUGUAAAUAUUAUUCUACAUUUUACAACGCCCAUAGUUGACUAUGAAAAACCAGAACAUAAUUGGAAUAAAUUACUCAAUUCAUUUCAUCUUGUUUCUGGACCAGUAGCAAUCUCUUUAUUAACCCAAAUUGGAUUUGCUAAAAUCAAUCAUGUAUUUCCUAUUUGGGCAAUUGUCCUCAUAUUGGGUACAAUACUGUGUUUUGUUGUUCUUAUUUUAACUGAUUAUCAUUCAAAACCUCGUUUGCACUCGGCAUUUGCAUUCCUUGCUUUUUCUGUAUCUGUUGUAUGGGUUUAUUCAAUUGCAAAUGAAAUUGUUAAUCUUCUCACAGCAUUUGGUAUUGUAUUUAAUAUUAGCAAUACAAUAGUUGGAUUAACAUUUUUAGCAUGGGGAAAUAGUCUCAGUGAUUAUGUUUCUAAUGUUGUAUCAGCAAAACAAGGCUAUCCAAAUAUGGACUUUUUAAUUGGUCUUGGAAUUCCAUUUUCUAUUGUUACAAUUCGAAAUGGAGCACCGUUUGAGAUAAAAGAAUCAGCGUUACAAAAUCUUAUAGCUUAUUUUCUAUUUGGAAGUUUGGUUGCUACCCUCAUAUUUAUUCCAUUAAAUAAAUUUAAUUAUAGUCGAUGGUUUGGCUUUGUGCUUGUUGUUUAUUAUGUAAUAUUUUUAACGAUGGCCAUAUUAAUUGAAGUUAAAGUUAUUUUCUGA